UCAGCCGAGCUCGGAAACCCUCCGAAGAAAAGCAGAGCAGAUUUCACCACCCAGCUAGGUUUUCUUUGCUCUUUUUUUGAUUUAGAUGCGUUGCUGUUCCUGUAGAGACUUUGUUGCUUCACCUCAGACCUAUGUGACUCUGGUGGAAGGAUCAUGACUGAAGUCCUCAUCUCUGCUGCUCUGAAUGGAACUGAACCCAACCUGUUAUCCAGCAGUGGCUGGUCUGCGGGAAACGCCACCACCAAGUGUUCCCUGACCAAAACUGGCUUCCAGUUCUAUUACCUGCCCACUGUCUACAUUCUGGUCUUCAUCACUGGGUUUUUGGGCAACAGCGUGGCCAUCUGGAUGUUUGUCUUCCAUAUGAGGCCUUGGAGCGGCAUCUCAGUUUACAUGUUCAACUUGGCGCUAGCUGAUUUCUUGUACGUCUUGACUCUGCCUGCCCUCAUCUUUUACUACUUCAAUAAAACAGACUGGAUCUUCGGAGAUAUCAUGUGCAAGCUGCAGAGGUUCAUCUUCCACGUGAACCUGUACGGCAGUAUUUUGUUUCUGACGUGCAUAAGCGUGCACAGGUACACGGGAGUGGUGCACCCCUUGAAGUCGCUGGGGAGGCUGAAGAAGAAGAACGCGGUGUACAUCAGCACCCUGGUCUGGGUCAUUGUGGUGGCCGUGAUUUCUCCAAUACUCUUCUUCUCGGGAACGGGGAUAAGGAGAAACAAAACCAUAACGUGCUACGACACAACAGCUGACGAUUACCUGAGAAGUUACUUCAUUUACAGCAUGUGCACCACCGUGCUUAUGUUCUGCAUCCCCUUCAUACUCAUUCUUGGUUGCUAUGGGCUGAUUGUGAAAGCUUUGAUUUACAAAGAUUUGGACAAUUCUCCUCUCAGGAGAAAGUCAAUUUACCUGGUUAUUAUUGUGUUGACGGUCUUUGCUGUGUCUUACCUUCCCUUCCAUGUGAUGAAGACCUUAAAUCUAAGAGCCAGGGUGGAUUUUCAGACUCCACAAAUGUGUGCCUUCAACGAUAAGGUUUAUGCCACUUACCAAGUGACGAGGGGUCUGGCCAGCCUCAACAGCUGCGUCGACCCCAUUCUUUACUUUCUGGCAGGUGAUACCUUUCGAAGGCGGCUUUCCAGGGCAACCAGGAAAUCAUCCAGAAGAAGUGAACACAACGUGCAGUCCAAAAGCGAGGAAAUGACUCUCAAUAUUUUAUCAGAGUAUAAACAGAACGGAGAUACCAGUUUGUGAACAAAUGCGAAAGAUGUGGGAACAGUUUGAAAAAAUCCUCUGCUUUGAGACAGUAGGACACUGUAGUGCUACAAGUGUGUGAGGAAAAUACCAGUCUCUCAAAUUCGUUUUAGGUAAAGCCUCAUUUUCUGAUCUUAGAAAAGGCUUAACAAAGUAUGUGGAAGAAUUUUAAUGGAAAAUAACGUGUCAAAAUUCAACUUUCCUUCUCCUUACAAUACUCUCAUUUCUUUCUGACUUGUGUCAGAUAAAGUAAAAUGAAGUAAAUCCCCUAAAGGAAGAAAGCAAUCCAACUGCUUCUGUUUUAAUGACUUAGUCUCCCACGUUCAAAAAUGUUCUCAAUCAGCCUUUCUUUAAAAAUAGGAAAUAAAAAUAAGAAAGAGCAGUAUCUUCUCUUCUGAGGCUCAGUCCACAUACAUAGCCUUUUGCUCACUUGGUGUGGUAAAUGACUAUUUAUAUUGGAGUCACGGUGCAGUUUUUCUCACCUUUACAGUUUUAUUAUAUCUUCAUCUACUUCUAGUGUUGAUAAUUAUUUGAUAGUUUGGUAGCGUUUAUGAUUCAGUCUUUGAGUGCUGGUGUUUUGCAAAAAGGUAGGCUUACUGAUGUCUGCAUGAUUAUGCGUUCAGGUGACGACGGUUGUUCAUGAAAAAUCUGGACAUCCCCUUUAAAGGCAAAUUGUCUUCCAGGUGAACUGAGGCCUCAGCCCCUGGCGGGCAGAUAAGCAGGUCCCUCCAGGAGCUGGUGCAAGCAGGCACCCGCUUUGCACGUGCGGUACGUAGUGGUGUGUUUUGUGAGCAGAUGUUGGUGUGCAAACACCUGCGGAGGUGGUUUGGCUCUGAGCAGCCGGUGCUCCCAUCCUGCCUUCCCUGCUGGGGAAAACCGGCGCGUUGUCAGCCGGAGGAGCCACGGGAUGGGGCCGAGCAGGGACUGGGCUCAACUGGGGAGCCCCUGCACCAGCCACCCUUCCCAAAGGCUGGCCGGCAUCUCGCUGCUUGACUGCCAGUGUUGGGAGCCCCCCUGGAGUUCUGUUCUUUACGGGUAAAACAGGAGAAGUGUGUGUGCUGGAAGUAACAGUACCUUUCAGACAAGUAAAACUACAAUUGCUCGAGUUACUUGCGUUCUCAUUUGGUACGAGAGUAUUUCUGUUCCUGGGAAUCUUUAUAGAUAACAUAAGAGUUGUUUCCCAAGAAAAUAAUUAUUAAAAAUGGAUAAUAUAAAUGGAUUAUAUAUGUUAUAUAUACAAAUAAUUGGGGGGAAUUAAUUUUUUUGUACUGUGACAAAUAAAUUACUGUACUAAUAAGAUGUUGCAAUAUACUAGAGGCCAAAUCCGGCCCUUUAUUUUAUAUCUUCUCCAAAUGUGGAAUAGAUCAUCCAGAAUUAGCCAAACUGCAAUACUGUGUAACACAAGAGCUAGUGAUCAGAGCACAGACAAAAUCUUAAAUGGGUAGUCUUUUCUCAUAUUUUUAAGAAAUGUAUUUGAAAAUAUUGUGUGCUAAAAAUGGUAUGAAAGCAUGCUCUAAAUUAUACAUUUAGUGUACAAAAUUAAGUUCUAUGUAAUCCUAAGGGUGAUUUUAACAGAUCUUUGUUCCUCCAGUCUUCAUAGUAGGAGUAAAAUAUUUCUAUUUUACUUACUAAUUUCCAGUGAUUGGUAACAAACAAGAAUAGCUCUAGUUAUUUUUUGACAACAUUGUAAAGCAGCUUCUGUUCACACGUAUAGCUUCUAAUCUGCAGAAUCCCUAUUUAUUGAACUUAUUUAUUAGAAAGCUAAAUGUAAAGUAUGUAAAGUGUGGUUCUCCGUGUCGAUAUUCAGAAUUGGGCAUUAAUGGAAAAUUUAACAGCAUGUUUCAAUUACUGUAAUACCGUGUCUUCUAACAGAACAUCUUUACAAUAAACUCAAUUCCACCCUGACUAUUCACUGUUGAUAUGUAACCUAGUGAUAAAUUAAACUACUGAUUUAUAGCCUAAAGAUAAAUUAAAUUGCUGCUUAGGAAGCAUAGCUUCUUAGAGCAAUGUUAAGAUCUCAUUUAGCCCUAUAAGAUGAAAAAUGUAGAGGUAGUGAAGAAAUCCCAACCAAGGGUCAAUUGCUAAUUAAUCCCUACUGACAAAAGACUGUGGAACAGCACAGUCUAUUUAUAUCACCAGAGAAUGAGCCUGAUUCACAAUAAAUGACUUCUCCUAUUAUGUGAUUAUUUGAGGCUUCAUUCAACUGAGGCAUGUCUUGUUUGGAAUGGCAGAUGAAUUAAACGGAGAGAGAGCAUAAAAAUAGGAUAUUCUCUGAAUCUGAUUCUUUAGGUCUGAAAUUGUAUUCAUUUCCCAGCAUUUCGUGGUCUAUUUCUCUCUUUUUUUUCAGUUAGGAAAUGAAAUGUUCCCCUAAUCCGUGUCUGAAAAAAGAUCCCAAACAGACACAGCAGAAUGUAAAACCCUACGCCCAGGUUGGUCCUUACGCAGUUACAGCCUUUUCGCAAUAUGUCUCUCUAAUAUGGCAAAGUUGGCCCAUUAUUGCAGUGUGUAUGAAACCCAAGUGCAACAAAACCCUACGAGUCUGGCUCUGGCAGGCUGGGCACGCUGCAGGAGAGCCCCACGGGCCGGGAGACACCCCACCAGGGAGAUGCACCUUCUGGAGCUCAGGACAGCCGUGCCUCUCCUGUUCUGUCUGCCCUGCAGUCUUCUGGGUCUUGAACUGGUUUUUGUCCUUUCCUCAUGAGCCGGUUGAAAGCUCGCUCUCUCUUUCAUCCUGCCUCGCUGGAGAGAACUGUGCAACUGGCCGGGUGAUGCAGCCAGUUCAUUACUGAGGUCUGCUCUGAUGCUUUAUUUACUGAAGAUCACUUCUACUGAUGCUCAGCCACGGCAGGGGACUGCACUCGGCGGCGGCGCCUCAGAGAAGCGUACGGGAGCCUCCCACUGAACACCAAGAGGGGUGAUUAAAAACAUUUUACACAGAGUUUAUUUUCCAUCUUUCAGAUCCGAUGGCCUGCAGAGCUAACACCUCAAACUGCGUCCUGCGCCGGUGUGACUCCCAGCUGUGCACACGCCGAGAUGUCACAGCCUCCUCUGAGUCCAGCUGGAACGUGAAGCUGAGCUUCGUGAUUUCAUGUACAGUUCCUGCUCUUUUUUUAAGCAUUGCUAUAUGUGACAUGGGGUAGUUGGAACCAUUGCAAAAUCACACCGAGUUCAUAUCUCCUCCCACGUGGUUACUUUUUACCUGCAACAUGACGGAGCCGUGUCUGUUGGCUCACCCUGCCAGAGGAGGCUGGUCAGACGGGAGGGAUUAGACACCACCAGGAACAAAGACCAAGCAGAUCUUCUCCAGGCAGUGUGAAGGCUGGAGCCAUUAGCUCCUUGGGGGAACUUGGCAAGUCUGUUCUUAAAUACCUGCCUUUUGGCACUUGUCCUUACUAUGAUGUGUUUGUGGAAGACAAUCAGUCCAUCAGCCUCAGUGGCCCAAGGAGAUCCCUGUGUUCAUACAGACACCUCUGUGACGGGUGCAGUGGAGGAAGCCUUUCCCUCAGCCACUCCACUGGAAUUCCUUUCUCACCUUUCCAAUAUGCAAAGGGAAUGCAAUCUCAGCUACAGCCUUUGGGCUGUUAAUUAAUAAGCAAUGAUGAUGAUGGGCUGUGUUUACUGGGAACAAGACUCAGCUCAUUGUCUCACUACAGGAAGACCACCUAAAAGUUCCACCUUCCCUCAUUGUGCUGUAUUAGCCUUCGACUAGCAAGUGAGAUUAAACAGUUUAUGAUUUCAUGAUUAUGCUUUUAACCUAUUUUUCCUCUGGGUACAUUUGGGAAUCUUUUAAUAACUACAAAUCAUUUCACUGAAGACGCCAAAAGAUUUGAGGUAAAUAGUUAUUUAGAGCUUAAGUUUUGCCAAAGCAUUCUACAAUGAUCCACGCCGAAACAAAUUAUUAUUCAUUAGCUAUAUUUUGCUUCCUCUGGCUCACAGGGUUAAUUUUUUUUUUUUCUCAUUUAAGCCCAUUAACUCCCACAUGGGGUAAUCGUUAAUACAAAAUGAAGUCAGUAUGAAACCUACACAUGAUCUGUUGUCAGUUUGUACGUUUUCAUACCACAGCACCUGGGAUUUUUUGUUUCAAUCCAGUUCAUGUGACACCAAGUUAAUGAAGUAACGAUCAGCCUCAGGGAACUGGCAGUAUCUCUCACCUGACCCUGCGCUGAGCAGGAGAUUGCGCUGAAUGCCCUGGGAAGCUGCCUCCCAACCUGAAUCCCCUGGGAGCCUUUGAAACGUGGCUGUGGGAAGCCACCAGGCCAUUCUGUGGCAGGUGGUCCACAAGUGAACGCCACAGAGCAUCCUACUGCCACCUUCUUUACAGCCUAGGACAGGAGCUGAAGGUUUGUCUCCAUGGCGUGGGCCCAUAGACUAAACCCUUGGGUUCAUGCUGUACCAACCCAAAGAGGGGGAACGCCAGGUUUUCCUGAGCCUGGCGUCCCCCACUUCUCUUUCUCCAUGAGGAAGCACAAGGGGGGGGACAUGGGGCUCUAGGUGCCCGGCAGAGCAGCCGGAUCCCAGGGAGGAGUGGGUGCUGCCGUGGCUGGUCCGGCUGCAGGGCUGUGUCCCUCUGGAGCCCCUGGAGCAGAACACACUUGCUCUGCUCGCUCGGGUCCUGGCAAGAGCUGGGCAGAGCAUGGGAUGGACCGGGGCUGUUCUUCCACCCACAGACAGCCCGGCCUGGAAAGUCAGGUCUGCAGCUGGUAAACACGAUGGGCCUGGGGGGGACAGGAGACAGAAACCUGCUAAUUGCCUUUCUGGGAUUUUUUUUUUUUUUUUGCUUGCUAGUAGUUUUGGGUUUAGAUUUGACCAAAACAAAAGCUUUAGUGAAGAGUGAUAUGCGUUAACCCAGGUAUUUCUGUGAUAAACUCAUUAUUUUUCAAGUCCAUACAUUCUUAUUUGUUCCCCUCAGUGGUUAGUCUCCACCUCUGGUAACAUUUUUGAAGGAAGCUCUAGGUCUGAAGUUGAGUUUGGCUGUGAAGGAUGCAUUCCAAGCAGCCGUGGUCAACUGCUGGUUGCAAACUGGGGACGGUGGAAGCAGAGCUGCUGGUCAGGAAUGCUGGCCCUCAAGUGGAAGUUGGUUUAGACCAACACUAAAACCCCUUAACUUUAAAAAAAAACAACAAACAAAACCACCACAACUAUAGCUGCUUGAAUAGGACUGUUUCACCCUGCUCACAUUUGCUGUACCAUUUCUAACUUCAGGUGCUUUGCACUGAAUCAGAAUCUACUACAGAAUAACAUUUCUGGAGCCUGACCGUAUUGGCACAAUAGUUUCCAAGACUUCGAAGUUAUAUGAUUUGUGAAUUAAAACCACUACUUAUUUCGUGGCUGUGAAUUACAGUGUGUUUCAAGGAUAUAUGUGAAAAUGUUUAUUUUUCUAUUGUACUGUGAUUUUAAUAUUGUUGAGUAAGUUCAAUUUUUGUGUAAAUACUAGUGAGAUUUGAUUGCAAUAUCAGCAGAGACAGUGCUACUUGGUAUUUAAGCUCAGGUUAUGUAACUGCUUUAAUUAAAUAGUAGUAAAAAAAAUUAAAAAGCCCUUAUUUGUCUAUAGUUUUAACAAAUAAAAAGAUUUUGUUUUUUAAUAAAGCACGGGGGGUGUCUGCAUGUACAUUUAAUGUGAGGCAUGGCUUUUGAAGUUGUAACUAUUUUUAGUGGCAGCAGAACCGCAGCCAGAGUCACUGGCACUGUACCUAGCAACCUCACUUUGUAACCGCUCCAAUAAAAUUAUGAAACAUU